CCGCCGCCCCCGGCGCCGCCACCUGCCGCCCCCGCCGGCAGCAUGACAGCGGCCGCCGCCCGCAGGUGACGCCCCGCGGGCCCUUUCGCCGCCGCCUCCUAUAUGGGCCACCUGCUCUCCAAGGAGGCCAGCAGCCUGAGCCGGGACAGCGGCGGCCGCCGUCGCCGCCGCGGGAGGAAGGUGCCGCCGCGCAGCCGGAGCUGCUUCCUGCGCGGGCCCUGCAUGCUCUGCUUCAUCGUGCACGGCGCCAGCUCGUCCGCCCCGGAACCGCCCCUGCCCGCCGGGGACCCGCUGCUGCCGCCGCCCUACGCGUCCCACGCCGCCGCCGAGCAGCGCGCCGCGCGCCGCCUCCUCCGCCUGCCGCCCGCCGCCUGGGAGCCGCGCGGCCGCUGCCGGCGCCUCCUCCUCUCGGGCCUGCUGCCCUCGCCGGUGCGAGGCCUCCUGGGGCCGGCCGGGCCGCCUGGCGAGGCCGUCUCCGAGAUGGUGUGCAAGCGCAAGGGGGCCGGCCUGCCCGCCUGCACCCCCUGCAAGCAGCCGCGCUGCGCCGCCGGCGCGGCGGACCCCGAAGCUGCUGCCUGCCAGUGCCCCGCGGAGCCGCAGCCCUGCGCCUUGCCCUCGGCCGCCGACGGGGCGGGGAGCGGCGGGACCGCGCCGCCGAGGUGCCCCGCCGGGAGCGGAGACGGAGGGGACCGGUCGGUAUCGCCGCCGCCCCCUCCCUCCGGAGACGAGAAGGAGGGAGUGAAGGAGCGGAGCGGCGAGGAGCCUUUGGAGCACCCCGGGGACGGCUGCCGGGAACCGUCGUCGCCGCCCGACAUCAACCAGCUGCCGCCCUCCAUCCUGCUCAAGAUAUUUUCCAAUUUGUCCCUGAAUGAGCGCUGCCUUUCAGCAUCAUUAGUUUGUAAAUAUUGGCGUGACCUCUGUUUAGAUUUUCAGUUUUGGAAGCAGCUGGAUCUGAGUAGUCGCCAACAGGUCACUGAUGAACUGUUGGAAAAGAUAGCAUCAAGAAGCCAGAAUAUCACUGAAAUAAAUAUUUCUGACUGCCGCAAUGUAUCUGAUACAGGAGUUUGCAUAUUAGCAUGUAAAUGUCCGGGUCUGCUAAGGUAUACUGCAUACAGAUGUAAGCAGCUCUCUGACACCUCUAUCAUAGCGGUUGCCUCUCAGUGUCCACUUCUUCAGAAAGUACACGUAGGCAAUCAAGACAGACUCACUGAUGAAGGUUUAAAGCAGCUGGGUUCAAAAUGCAAAGAACUGAAAGACAUUCAUUUUGGUCAGUGUUACAAGAUCUCAGAUGAAGGAAUGAUUAUUAUAGCUAAAGGCUGCCUGAAGUUGCAAAGAAUAUACAUGCAAGAAAACAAAUUGGUGACAGAUCAGUCAGUGAAAGCAUUUGCUGAACACUGUCCUGAGCUGCAGUACGUUGGUUUCAUGGGCUGCUCUGUUACAUCUAGAGGAGUAAUUCACCUCACUAAUCUAAGAAAUCUUUCCAGCCUGGAUCUACGUCAUAUUACAGAACUGGAUAAUGAAACAGUGAUGGAAAUAGUAAAGAGAUGCAAAAACCUUAAUUCCCUCAAUCUGUGUCUGAACUGGAUCAUUAAUGACAGGUGUGUGGAGGUGAUUGCCAAAGAAGGCCGGAAUCUGAAAGAACUGUAUUUAGUAUCCUGUAAGAUCACUGACUAUGAAUUUGCACUUUACUGGAGUUUGCAUGGGUGCUCAAGGGUACAGUGCUGUGCAGAGUUCAGUAUUUGAACAUGAGGGAGAGUGGGCCAGAACUACCAUUUGCUCUGAUCUGCAGUUGUUUAUACAUCCAUGAGCAGAAUAGAUCCUGUCAAAACUGAAAAUGUAGAUCUUGACUUUGGCCAAGGUGAAUUUCUGAAUCUGUGAAUGGAAAUAGUUGGCUGGACUUUCAUGCAAGGGAAUUCUCUCCACAGAACUGAAAAGGACAGUGCAGAUAUAUCUUUUCACUGCUAUGUCAGAGGUAUCAAAUAUAUUUUGUAAGUGAAACUGUCUCUGUGUACUGUAGAUCUACUAGCUCUGUUUCCUGUCCCUACUGAAUUUGGAGCCCAUGUGGAAGUUAUUCUAAUGGAAAGAAUAGAAUCCACAACUUGAGAGUCAGUGUUCUCAGAAUUAUUUCACCAUUCAUUGGGUGCAGUUAGUGAGAGAAAAACAAGAUUUCUCCCAGUGUGGGAAAACAAACACUGAGGACCUGAAGCAAAAAACUGAGGAUAGUGAAACUCUUGCCUAUGCAAAAAUGAGGGGAGAGAACAAGUGUUCAGGUGUAGAUGAAAGGUGGAAGGUGCAUUUCACAGAAUGAAUUAGCGAAGAAUAUAUGUGGCAACCCUACUCAUACAACCUGAGCUUCUGGUGACUUCUGUGUAUUAAUACUUAUCUGUCACUGAUAUAUUGAAUUCUGCAGACAUUCAGUUAUUACAUUCAGUUACUGAGAUUCUGAAAAAAAAAAUGUAGUUGACAGUUGACAAGGUCUUACUUUUCACUUUAAAAUUAUACAAUUUUAGUAAGGAUCACUAGGCAAUCCAGCAAAAUAUUUCUGAUACUGUCUGAUUUUUAUUCAGUUAUUAAGACCAAUUGAUUAUCAUUAUACCCUUCGGCAUGCCAGCCUGAUGAUUGUUCUCAUCUGCUCAUGAUAUCCAAAAAUACAAAAUAAACCAUGUAGUGACAUAGAAUUUGUAAUUUUUGCUUUGUCUGGAAGUUUAAAUCCUGCCUUACAUUAAAUUAUGAGAGACGGUGAAAAUUUGUUUAACAAGCAUCAUUUACCAUGCUGUAAGUUCGGUUCUUUUUGGACUUCAUUUAUCAAAGAAGCUGCCUCGCUUCCACAGAGGGAAAGUGGAGCCAUUUUCUUCCUCUGAGCUCUUUCAGGCCCUUGUGUCCUCUUUGUAUUUGUGGCAAGUAGAUGAAAUCUGCUAAAACGUGUAUGCCUGACUUCUUGUGGGAUCAUUUAGUUGGGUCUCUGCUGGUCUUACGAAGACUUGCAGCUUCACAAGCUUAGUUUUUCAGGCUUCCACCAGGAGGUGGGUAAGUUGCAUCCAGAGAUUUGUGAGACAAUGAGUGGGAGCAUAGAGCCGUAUGUGACUCUGUUCUUUUAUUUGAAGUUCCUAAUACCACCUAGUAUAAGAAUGCAUUUAUUUUGUUUGUGAAGAUACAUUAAGCAUCACAUUCUUGCUUUUGCUUUGUAAAUUAGAGUCUUGACACCAGCUUUUAAUUAUUACUGUAGAUAUUUUCUCUGUGUUUUCAAAACAUACCUGGGCUGGUGAGCUGGUUCCUUGAUGAAGUACAGAUGUGGAGUUUCAAAAAACUCUCAUAGAAAGUGUUCAGCUGCUAAUGCAAAAGCACUUACCACUUACUUAUUGUGGCUGCUGUUUCUCAACUGGAGAAAGUAAAAAGUGAUAUUGCUAAUGUCCAGUACAACUUAAAUUCACUUGAGAUAUUAGGAAGUAUUUGAGAAAUAAAAUAAUUACAGAAUAAAUAAUAAGAGCCAUUUUUUAAAAAAGAAAGAAGUGUAAAGGUCGUCCUAGUCUUAAUCUACAGGUACAAACAUGCGAUCCAAUUCCAUGUACUCUAGGAAAGACUAUGACAUGUGACCUUCAUAAUUACAAUAAUUUCAUUUUCUUUAAUUAUUAUUCUUUAUACAGUAAAGCAGUAAGCAGAAUAGCUAGAUGUGUUUAUAUGCAAUUAAUAUUAAAAAAAUAUAAAAGUACCAAAAUGUGUUUUGAAAUCUGAUAGUUAAAAUCCUCUGAUUAUCCAGUGAUAAUGUAGCAGUAGGUACCAUUACUUUCUCUGGCAAGUUGCUACCCUGAAAUAUUGGGUAUGUUACACAAAAAAAAACCAGAAGAGGGUUCAAAGAAGAACUGAAAUAUGAGUGGAUGCUACAAGUUAUUAACUGAUAAAUAAAAAUAAUAAUAAAUAUAUUAUUCUAUUUUGCACUACAUGAUAGCUUCUGAUAACUACAUAGCGUGAUGAUUUCUGCCCCGCAUAAUUUUUUAAAAAAAUACAUUUUUAUUAGAUUUUUGUUAGAAUAUAACAUUCUAAGUUGUUGAAUGAGAGUUUAAAUUUUCUUUAUAUUCUAUAUAUUGUUAAACACUAAAUAAUCAGUAGCAUUUACAUAGACUGACAGGAGAGGCUGAAUUAGUAUAAUCUCCAAGAUAAACACCUGUUUGCCCAAGAACAGAGACAGAGUGAAGUCAAAGCUGACAUUAGUUCCUCGUAUCAUUUGGCUCUUUUGUUAAACAAUCAUGAAUUAAGCAUGGAGUGUCAGUGUUAUCUUUGAAUUUCCUGCCUUUUGUUGAUUUGUGUCACAAACUUAACAUUACUUAAACAUAGGAGGUUUUGUAUUUAAGCUUUCCCUAAGAUCUAGUAAGAAAGCUAGGAUUUCUCAGCUGUGGGAAGACUAUGUGUCAAAUGAAUUAGGCUGAUGUGAGGAUGUAUAACAGUGAGCCAGGGCAGCAAGCACACACAGAAUUGUGUAACUGUCUUUUCAAUUUUAUGCCUUGAUUCUGGGUUUUAUUGAUAUCCUUAGUGUUGGGAAUUUGUUUUAAGCAAAUUAUUACUUAUGAAGUUGGCAGAGGGUGAGGAUUGCUGUGCUCUCAGAAACACAAAAGUGAGAUUUUGUAUUCAAAGAUAAAAAGAAGCUAGCAUAUGAAACUAGACUAGAUGUUUUAAGGGUCUGGUCUUGCAAUAAUGCUAAGAACAACUGAAAAAGAACUUGCAUUCUUAAUGAAAAAUAAAAGCCUCCAAUGUUCAACCUUACAAAAGUAGUUGGACUAGUCAUUUUUUGUCAGUGUAUGCAGAAAAUUGUUUCAAGCAAAAUUUAAACCAUAGGCUUCCAGUAAGGAGAAGAUAAAAGAAUCAACAGUGGCUUUUCAAAGUUAGGGUAGAAGUGCCUACAAAUCAGUACCUGCUACAUCUCUGUGGUGAGAGAUCACUUAGAACUCUCAGAAAAAAAUAAAUAUACAAACUGCCACUAAUAGAAAUAUAAUUGACACAGCUCAGGGAAUAUGUUUGCCUCAUAACAAUCCCCGUCCUAGAAGCUGCAGAAGAUGACAAUUUAGCUUUUCAGUUGUCUUGUAUAACUUUCAUUACCUAGCAGUUCUGAAUUUUGCCUAAUUUAUUUGUAGCUAUUACAUAAUUGCUCAGAGCUUUUUUGAUGAAAUGCUUGGCACUAGUACCUAGAUAUUUAGACUGUUUGCUUUCUAAGGUCAUGAAUAUUUCUUUCUUGUGUUGCCCCUUUUUGACAUUUACUGGCACAUUUAUUGUAUUUGAGGACAUAAUUUUUUGAAGA